AUGGCGACCUACUCUGCCUUUUUCUCGUCUGGUCUUCUUGCUCCUGGGAUCACUAGACCAUCUAGCCCAGUCGAUCCAGUCGACCGGGAAUCCUUACAGCCACCGAUUACACCAACCACACCACACGCGAAGCCUGUCGCGGCGAACGCGGGUGGUGAACGUCCCCACAUGCGCAGGCGGCGCUCAAGCAUUAAUAUCGCUGCCAGUCCAAUGGCUGCUAUUAAGUCCCCCAGCCGAAAUGCCACCAGUGCAUUCCAACGGGCUGGCAUCAUGUCUCCUACACGCAGCCGCGCUGGAAGUGUGAACGAGGCAUCUGAGAACAAUUCUCUCUUUGGGAGAAUGAGAAGUGGAAGUGUCACUGUAAUGCAAUCUGUUCGGACGCGUCGCGUCGUUCGUCGCACAGUUCCUACUGCCCCUCCACCGAGCGUGCCACUCCCAGCAGUCCCUCCGCCAUCUCCAACAUCCAAAUGUUCAGGUGGACUUCUUCCUCCACCGACAAUCCACCUUCCGAUCCCACGCCAACCACUCUCGAUUCGCGGCGCUGGGUCAUGGACAGAUAAUACAUAUUCCACAUUACCCUCUCCCACCCUUCUUUCGCCGACGUUGCUCAGUCCGGAUUGCCCUCCAAAAUUGCCAUCGAGGAUGAUGCCUUCUCGCGCAUCCAGCCCUGCCAUCCCGGACCACGCCCAAUACUUUGAUGGUUCUAUCGACAUAGACAUAGACAUGAAAGAGCAUUAG